AUGGGUGCAAGAGUCAUGAGGCAGCGAAGACGUGCUGGCAUGUCACAUGGCCGCCUGCCGUGGCCCUCUCAGCCACCUGGCCAUGGUUCCAGCCAGCCUGCUAAGGCCAAACCAGAUAACUCCUGCUCACAUGAUUGGUUCACCAUUAGCCAGAUGUUCUCAGAGCUGUUCGAUUUGAUGAGCAGUACACAGAUUGCCACAGAUGAACAUUUCAUGAUGUUGAAAACCCUAGAGUUACAGGGUCGGUCACUGAAGGAAAAGAGUUGCUUGGAAGCCAUCGAUAAGCAGAGAGAAAAUAUAAGCCACUGGAUGUCCAAGACUGUCAACUUCCUGUGGGAUAAAUCUGUCCCUUUCCUGGGCUUCAAGAAUUUGCCUCCUGUCAUCUUUGGAGGUGAUGUCACACAUAGGCAGAGUGAUUUUAAAGUUACAGUUAUCAACCACUUCUUAUCCAAACGUGGGAGUGCUCUCUUAGACUCUUGCCUCUCGAUGUUCCAGGGCUACGAGGCAUACCCAAAAGACAAAUACCAUGAGGACAAGAACCCCUUGGGCUUCCUUAACCUUGGCACCAUCGAGAACAAGCUCUGCCUUGAUCUGAUGACUGAAAGGUUAUGUCAGAGUGACAUGAACUCCAUCAAGGAAGACCAGCUACAGUACCCCGAGGACAGAGGCCAACUGUUCCUUCGGGAAGAAGUGGCUCGUUUCCUCACCUACUACUGCAAGGCACCUUCUCGCCUAGAUCCAGAAAAUGUGGUUGUCCUCAAUAGCUGCUCCUCUGUCUUCUCUGCACUGACCAUGGUUCUGAGUGAUCCAGGGGAGGCCUUUCUAGUCCCAGUUCCCUUCUAUGGUGGCUUCACCUUUAGCUCUCAUCUGUUUGCAAAAGUCGAGUUGAUUCCUGUCUACCUGGAGACCAAGGUCACUUCUGAAAAGGCCCAUGUUCUCCAGAUCACUGUAGAUAAGUUGGAGGUGAUGUUGCUUGACGCUAGGGUUAAGGGAAAAAUCAUCCGCGGUAUUGUACUAACCAACCCUCAGAAUUCUCUGGCUGGUAUCGAUUCCCAAUACUCAUUGAUGGAAUGCUUGUCCUUUGCCGAGAAGUAUGUCCUCCAUGUGAUCAUAGAUGAGAGUUGCAUGCUGUCCGUGUUCGGUGAAGACCUCACAUUCCACAGUGUGCUGAGCCUAACAAGUUUGCCUGACCCUGAAAGGACCCAUGUGAUCUGGGAUGCCAGUUUGGAUUUCGGCAUCGCUGGCUUCUGUCUUAGUGCUCUGUACACCCACAAUAGUCUUGUGGCCUCUGCCAUGCGCUCCUUUGGCUGCCUCCAUGGUGUCUCUGGCAUUACGCAAUACAAACUAGGCCGAUUACUCCAGGACAGAGGAUGGAUUGAUGAGGUGUACCUGCCCACUAACCACUCCCGGCUGCGGGAAGCUCACAAGUAUGUCACUAGCAAGCUAGAGGCACUGGAGAUCCCAUUUCUCCCUUGUAGCUCUGGCCUCUCUGUGUGGAUCAACCUGAAAGAUUACCUUUACUACCCAGCUACAUUUGAAGAAGAAGAACUCCUCUAUCACCGCUUCCUGGAAAGCAAGCUGAUACUAUCCCAUGGCAAAUCCUUCAGCUGUAAGAAACCUGGCUGGUUCCACCUUGUCUUUGCAGAAAAACACAAUCAACUCCAAGAGGGUGUGAGACGGUUUCUUCUGGUGCUAGAGGAGCAGAAACAGGAUCGCAUAGAGAGACUAUUAGAGGAUGCCCUGAGGGAGUCGGAUAGCUGA